AUGUCGGAUUCGUGUCAAGACGGUAAUUGUCAUGGAAAUUAUGAAUAUGGGCCCGACGAAUCACCAACGAAGCUUAUCGUCAAUUAUAUACCCGAAGUCAUGACCCAGGAUAUGAUGUUUUCAUUAUUUUCGACCAUGGGUAAAUUAGAAAGUUGUAAAUUGAUAGCGAACAGAGGGUAUGGUUUCGUCGAGUACGCUCGUCCUGACGAUGCAGUGAAGGCACGAAAGGCAUUUAACGGCUUGUUAAUGCAGAAUAAGACCCUCAAAGUAUCACAUGCCCUCCUCAAUCCGGAGCUGAAACCUCCCACCAAGCCGGAAGCCGACUGGAACCUCUACGUAUGUAACCUGCCAAACGAACUAACCUUACAGGAUUUACAUGGACUUUUCGCACAAUUCGGUAAAAUAGUCAAUUCCCGUAUAGCCUCGGGCAUAGCUUUUGUAUUAUAUGAAAACCAGUACGAGGCAGAAAGAGCCAUCCAAAAUAUCAACGGAACUAUACCUACUGGCUUUUUGGAACCCCUUACUGUUAAGUAUGCUAAUAAAAGUAAUCCAAAUAAACAUAAAAACAAUGAUAACUUUUCUAAGAAUUCAGCUGUUAAGCCUUAUCAAUGGAUAAAUCAUAUGGGUGCUAUCGGUGACCAUAAUUCUCCGAGUACGUGGUCUAUUUAUAUUUACAAUAUUGCUCCCGAAGUGGAAGAAUUGACUUUGUGGCAGCUUUUUGGUCCAUAUGGUGCUAUUUUAUCAGUUAAGAUAAUCAAAGAUCAUCAGACUAAUAAAAGUAAAGGAUUUGGUUUUGUAACUAUGAGACAUUAUGAUCAGGCUGCAAUGGCUAUACAAGGUUUGAACGGUUGCGUCCUGCAAGGACAACCUCUUUCUCUAGGCCGCAAAAGGGCCGUGGCGGAAAGCGAGGGUUCUGCUUUGGCGGCAGGCAACGGCCUCGCCGUGAAUAGCAAGGUUUAUCCAAGCCCGGGGGCGGCGCGCGGAGUAUGGGCACUUCCGCAGCCGCCCCCGUGCACCAUGGCGGCAGAGGAGGCUCUGCCCCCGUGCUCGCCCAUAUCUCCCGAUGCUCCCACAACGCAACCUAGAAUAACAACCAAUCUCAGUCAUCAUUCGGAUUUUGAACAACUCAUAUUUGAAGGAGUACGUUCUGGCGAGGUGUCGGAAAUAGAAAGGUUAGUGGAAAAGCUUGGAGUUGAAAUUCUGAGCGCCCGCGACCAGCAUGGCUACACACCAGCCCACUGGGCGGCGUUGGACGGAAGCGUGGCUGUUAUGCGAUAUCUUGUUGAACGUGGGGCACCUGUUGAUCUAUCAUGUCUAGGAACCCAGGGCCCGCGUCCAAUACAUUGGGCAUGUCGCAAAGGCCAUGCUUCGGUUGUACAAGUUUUGUUACAAUCUGGUGUCGCCGUAAACGCUGCGGAUUUUAAAGGACUGACGCCACUUAUGACAGCUUGUAUGUAUGGGAAAACGGCUACAGCAGCUUAUCUGCUCGGGAUGGGAGCAGCAACAAGGCUCUCCGAUAUUAAUGGUGACACGGCUUUACACUGGGCUGCGUAUAAGGGCCACGCUGACCUCGUCCGGCUCCUGAUUUAUUCAGGAGUGCCCUUGCAUUGCACGGAUAAUUUUGGAUCAACGCCUUUGCACUUGGCUUGUUUGUCAGGAAACCUUACGUGCGUUCGGCUGCUCUGCGAAAAGGUAAAAGCCGAACUUGAACCUAGAGACAAGAAUGGGAAAACCCCACUCAUGCUCGCUCAAAGCCAUCGUCACGCGGAAGUCGUGAAACUACUUCAAAAGGAGAUGAAACGGAAGUCCCAUUGGAUGCCACCGCUUUCAGAGCUCUGGGCACUCCUGUUUGGAGGAGCUGGCGAUUCUAAAGGACCUCUCCUAUUCUUUCUUGUCUCUGUUCUGUUGUGGGGCUAUCCUAUGUACAUUAUCCGGUGCAUACCAUUAACUUGGAAUACAUUACGACUAUCGCAUUAUUUCUUUCUCUAUUGGAAUGCAAAUAUGUGGAUAAGUUGGUUGAUAGCGAACCGCUGCGACCCAGGGUACAUACCCCAGAACUCCGAAACGUACUACAGAGCGAUCAGGCAAAUACCAUACUACGAUAAGUGGAAGAAAAGGAACGUCAUACUUUCCCGACUUUGCCACACAUGUAGAUGUCUACGACCUUUGAGGGCAAAACAUUGCCGCAUAUGCAAGCGCUGCGUGGCCUAUUUCGACCAUCACUGCCCGUUCAUAUACAACUGUAUCGGCGUACGAAAUCGAAUGUGGUUCUUUUUGUUCGUGAUGAGUGUUGCCAUCAACUGUACACUUUCUAUCUACUUCGCGUGCUACUGCCUCUACCUAGAAGGCUUCGGGAUACUUUACAUGCUGGGUUUACUUGAGGCCAUUACUUUUUGCGCACUUGGAUGGAUUCUUACAUGCACUUCGGUUUUGCACGCCUGCAUGAAUCUAACGACGAACGAGAUGUUUAACUACAAGCGGUAUCCGUAUCUGCGCGACAAGAGAGGCCGUUACCAAAACCCGUUUUCGAGGGGUCCCAUCAUGAAUUUGAUUGAAUUCUUCGUCUGUCUACCGGACAAGUAUGAUGAGCACGACCUCUUCUACGGUGAAAAUAUAUGA